AUGUUCGCUCAAGUAGCUGCGCCAUUAUCACAACCAAAUCGCUCCUCCAAGUCAGAACAAGCGCCUCUACUAGCUUGUCCACCUCUCACGUUGUCCAAGCCACAGCUCGCCGUCUCGCUCCUCCUGCUCCUCCUCGCGAACCUGGGAUGGACACGGGCAGUCCCCGCCUCCCCGGCACUCUCAUCCGGCCGGCGGUGGCCAUACCGCUCCAUCUUCAGCUUCGGAAACUCCUACACCGACACCGGCAACAACCCCACCGUCUUCGCCGAGAACGACCUCUUCGAACCCGUCAAUCGCCCUCCCUACGGCUCCGAAUUCUUCCGUCGUCCCACCGGCCGUUGCUCCAACGACCGCCUCAUCAUCGACUUCAUCGCUCAGCGCCUGGCCCUGCCGCUUGUCCGGCCUUACAACCCAGCGCUCGCGCACAAUGGGAGCUUCCGCCAAGGAGCCAACUUCGCCGUCAUGGCCGCCACCACUCUCGACGCUGCUCGCUUCCAUGACGGCUCCAAUCCUGGCAACAAGUAUCCUCUCAACACCAGCUUGGGCGUGCAGCUGGAGUGGUUCGAGUCGCUCAAGCCUUCGCUCUGUGCAACAACACAAGGUAGUUACUUCUCAAAUAAAACCUACCCAUGCUAA